CCUGACUGAUAUAAUUUUAAAGUAAUAAAUCGAUUGGCUUUGAAUAUGGAAACUCAUAAACAAGAACUGGCUCCUAAAGAAGUAGCAUGGUUAGAAAGAUUUGGAAUCCAUGUCCAAGCAGAAGACACCAGCACUGAAAUGUCUGAUAUCGAUACAGUAGACGAAGUUUGAUUUAAAAAAUCCACGACUUCUAAAGUUUAUUUAGCUAAUGUGUUAGAAAAUUCGGGUUGUCAGACACUUUCUGCUAAAAAGUACGCUGUGAAGGUCUCCUUGUUUCCGUACAGCAAGGUAGAUACAAUAUUGAAGGAGAUAGAGCUCCUCCAGUCUCUUGAUCAUAAGAAUAUCAUCAAGCCUAUCCCUCUUGAACAUAUAGUCAAAAUUACAUCAAAAAGUGAAGCAGAGCUUAGAAUUAAGCCCGAAAAUGCCUUCAUGAUCACUGACUUUGAAGAAAAAGGAGACUUACACAUGGCUCUGAUGGCCCAAGGAAGGUUCACAGAGAGUGAUGCACGUCAUUACUUUAGGCAAGCAGUGAGCGCUCUUAAAUAUCUCCAUGAUAGGGAUAUCGUUCACCGGGAUAUAAAGCUGCCGAAUGUUCUCUUAUCAGACGACGAAACAGUAAAACUGAUCGAUUUCGGUCACUCGGUUGACUUAAAUUCCGGGACACUUUCUAACCAUGAAGGUGAAUCGGAAAUCUCUAGUAUUAGUGACAUAAAAGGCACCCAGGGAUAUGUACCCCCAGAGAUGCUUGAUGCUAGAGCCAAGAUUAUGGAGUUCCAUGAGUUUGGUGGCAUGACUGACUGAGAUAGGCCAAAAAUUAGAAUUAAUCUGAAACUGGCAGACAUAUUCUCCCUAGGAGUCCUCCUUUUCGAGAUGGUCGUAGGCAUUCCCCCAUUUGUUAACGCUAAUUGAAGGGAUAGCUGAUACAGAUCUUUUUAUUUCAAAAGGAAGGAAGACAGGUUCUGGAGAGUGCAUUCUCAAGCAAAAGAGCUUGAUGAACAGGGGCAGAUUUCUGAAGAAUUCAAAAACUUGAUCCAAAGGAUGCUGACUCCCUUCCCUAAGGACAGGAUAACUAUUGAUGAGAUCGAGCAGCAUGACUGGCUGAAGGCAUAACUUAUAA